AUGCCACCAUCAACCCUCUUCCGCGCCGCGCGCCCGGCUAUCAAUUUCCAAUUCCGCAGCACCGCCUCCGCCAACUCCAGGACCUUCACACAGCAAUUCGCACGCAGCACGUUCAGGAGCUCGUUUAAGCAGCAGAAGACUGGCGGGAAGAGAUGGCAGAGUACGACGGCUGCCGCGGGGGAGGAGGUUAGCUGGUUGAAGAGGAUGUGGGAUAGUCCAAUUGGGUUGAAGACUGUGCAUUUCUGGGCGCCUGUAAUGAAGUGGUGUCUCGUCAUCGCCGGAAUCUCCGACUUCUACCGACCCGUCGAAAAGCUCUCCUUGACCCAGAACGUAGCCCUCACAGCCACAGGCGCAAUCUGGACUCGUUGGUGCUUGAUCAUCAAACCGCGUAAUGUCUUACUCGCAGCAGUGAACUUCUUCCUCGGCAUCGUCGGCGUAAUCCAAGUCACUCGUAUCGUGACCCACAACUUGAGUGUCAAGAACGAGAGUCCUACCGAGGCCCUGGAAGAGGCAAAGGACAAUGUAGUUGAGACAGUCAAGGGCGUCAAGAGUGACGUCGUAGAUGCUAUUAAGAAGGCUUGA